AUGGGCAAAGGCGUGCUCCACAACGUGGUCGUAUGCUGCACAGGACUUGACCAAGUGGAAAAGGGAUGCAUCCACAAGGCCGUCAGCUGCCUCGCUUCUGUCACGCACCUGGUAGCAGAUAGAGUCGGAUCGGACAAGUACCGGGCAGCGCUUUCGAUCUCGGCUGCAGUGGUGACCAAGCAGUGGGUGCUCAAGUGCAAGGCCGAUGGACGGAGAGUGCCCGAGGCUAUGUACGCCCUCCCGCCUUUGGCCGGUCUGGUCAUUUGCGUCACCCAGCUCGAUGCUGAUGAUCGUGAUCGCAUCCGCUCCGUUGUCUCUGCAAACGGUGGAGACUACAUGCGCAAUCUCGUGCCAGAGGCCACUCAUCUCCUCGCCCUUCAGCCCUCGGGCACAAAGUAUGAAAAGGCCGGCGAGUGGAACGUUCGCGUCGUCUCGCCGGCCUGGCUUGACGCAUGCAUCAAAGCUCGCGCCGCAGUCGAUGAGACUCCGUUUGCCAUUGCGCCUCCACCUGGUGUCACCGCUGGCGUCUCUUUAGCAGCCGAACCCGUGGAUGAGUUGGCUUCGGGCGCCUGGCUCGAGGGCGAGCCGCCGUUUCUGCUCAACUCGCGUGACUCGCCUGUCCUCGACAAGCUGGACGGACUUCUCGACGGCCGCAACGUAUUCCUCCACAAGUUUGGCAGUCUGGAGCGCCGACGGAUGACCCGCAUUGUACUUGCGGCCGGUGGGCAUGUGGUCGACGAGCCCGACUCGUCCGUCAUCAACACCUGGGUCGUUCCCCGCCUCCCGUCGGCCGAUGAGCUCGACGCCUUUGCCCGCUGGCGCCACCCGCCGCGCGCCUUUGUCUCGGGCAAGUGGCUCUGGGUACUCGCCCAAUCAAGCGCUCUCCCAGACAUUGGCGAGUUCACGCUGGCAACGAUAGCGAGCGCGGCGCUGCCGCCACCAACGCCCACAGGACCCACAGCGUCCCCAAAGCCGUACGUCGAGCCGACUCCGACCCCGAUGGUGCUCGAGCCGACGCCUCAGACGCUGCCAGAGUCGGGAGGCGUUGACUCGAUGCUCGACCUUUACUCGGGCGGGAGCGGGCCGGGCGUCUCAUCUCACCGCACGCUGCGGCGCACAAUCUCACAGUCGCUGAUGGCCGACGCCGCGUCCCCGGUCCUUUUUGGUCGAUCGCAGUUUGUGGUCGACGACCGAGUCACCGGCGACGAGGUUCUCCGUGCUAUUCGUCGCGCUGGUGGCGCGCUGGUGCCGUCGUACAAGGCACUCUGCUCGUCCGCCGACCGCGAGAACUGUCCGCCGGGCUCGCGCAUUGUCGCUCGCUACGUCGUGCUACCGCACGGUGUCUCUGCCUCGUCGCGCUCCUCGAUUGUCGCGUCACUGGCUACCGCCGACGUGGCACUAGUCACUCCAGACUGGGUCCUCGCCUCGCUUGCUGCCAACGAGCUUGUCGACAUCACGUCGUGCCCUCUCUUUACCCCGCUCCCGGUUGCUCUCCCGCUUGCGCCGCGAUCCGACGUCGUUGUCUCAGUCACCGGGUGCUGGCCCGAGCGCGAUGCCAUCCGGCGUAUGGCGGUGGCUCUGGGAGCGACCUUUGAAGAGCGGCUCUCACGGCGUGUGACCGUUCUCGUUUGUGAGGCCGAUGCGCUGGCUAGUCCAGUCGAGCCUGCCUCGAAGAUUGCAAAGGCGUUGCGAUGGGGCGUGAGUCUUGUUCACUCGGGCUGGCUUCGCGACUCGCUCUGGGCCGGCUCACUCCUUGACUCUGCACGAUAUGCAGUUGGCAAGGCUUCGAACAUACUCGACGGCGUUUGCGCGGUCAUCGCCGAUGAACUCCAGCUCAAGGGCCAGGCUCCAGAGCUCGAACGCCUGCUGACCUCACACGGGGCCACUGUUGCGCGCUCGAUCCACACCACUGGUGUCACGCACUACAUCGAGGACGGCGAGAGCCGUACGUCCGCAGCUGCUGCUGCCGUCACCGCUGGCAUUACACCGGUCUCGUCGCUCUGGGUCUACGACGCCAUCGCCACGGGGACGCUGAGUCCUCGGGCGAGGGGAGGGCCGACUGCGGCGCGGAGCGGCUUUACGACCUCCCCGCCGGUCAAGCGCCAGCGGUCGCUGCUGGACCGCCGCCGGCCGCCGCCCGAGUCUCCAACCCUUCCGCAGCCGACGACCCAGGAUCUGGAUCCAGCCCCCACCGCUGCAGCCACCACACCGGGCGAGGCUGCCUCGGCGCUGCAGCGACUCGACAACGCGCGCAGUCUCUCGCAGCAGUCGGCCAAAAAAGCGACGCCGCGCCGCGCGCCGCUCGUCCGCGCGCCGGCAGCGCCGGUCUCGCUCGUCGCGCUCCGCGGCGCCGAGCCAGACGAUUUCGACGCUGAGGGCGAGGGUGGGCAGGGACGCGAGGGCGAUGGGCCAGGCGUGGUUGUCCACUACCGCCAUCGCGACGAGGACGAUGGCCGUCGCAAGCGAGGCGGGCGGAAGCGAAAGCGGAAGGACGAGCUAGUCAACGAGAGCGUCGACAGCCUUUCGAGCCUCUUACAUGCCGCAGGCACCAUUGUCUCGCGAAACACCGGCUCGCAGGCCUCACAGGGUUCGACAGGAUCGGCACCAAGCAAGCCGCGGAGCCCGCCAAUCUUCCUCCUCACUGGCUUUACCUCGACCGAGAAGGAGCAGCUCGUGCACGCGGUCAGCGCGCUCGGUGGCAGGGUCCUUGUCACGCGUGAAUACGACCCGGGCUGCAGCCACAUCCUCGUCGGCUCGCCGACGAGGUCAGAGAAGUUUCUCGGCGGGUGCGCGGCUGGCAAGUGGAUGAUGAAGGCCGAGUACAUCGAGGCGUCGACGACCGCGGGCGAGUUUGUGGCCGAAGAGCCGUACGAGUGGGGCGCCGAGUACGAAGACGACGAUGCCACGGUGGAGCACUCGGACACGGCGGUCCUCGCGCUGUGCGGGCGGCGGUGGCGCAAGUAUCUGGCGACGCGUCGGCGCGCCGGAGGCGAUGCCAACAUCGGUCCGUUCACGGGCUGGAAAGUCGCGCUCAGCUUUGAUGAGCACAAGCGCGGCGGCAUCAAGCGCCUGCUCGAGGCCGGCAACGCGAGUGUCCACGAUGGCGCGCUCACCCGCCGGGUCACCGACUCGCUCACCCACGUCUUCUUUGGACCGACAAGCAACGCGGCCGAGCUCCGGCGACUGCCGUCACACAUCAAGGUCCUUUCAAUGGAGUACAUUGCCGACUACCUAACGGCCGUGCCCGGACUGGGCGAACUCGAGGUCGACGAGGACUUUCAUGCGCUCUCGCCCGAGGGGGAGGACGAGUAGCAAUGUUUGUAGCCGUAGCAGUUCAAUACAAUGCCGCACCCAU